AUGAAAUACCAUCCAGAGAUACCGAUCCUUGCCAAGAGCGUUGCUAAAGAGUGCAAGGGUCUGCCCCUUGCGCUCAUCACCAUUGGGCGGGCCAUGGCAUAUAAGAAGACACCCCAGGAAUGGAAGCAUGCAAUAUCAGUUCUGAGCACAAGCAAGCCACCAUCGGAGAUAUCAGGUAUGAAUGAUGAAAUGCUUUUGCGCUUGAAAUUCAGUUAUGAUAAUCUCGGUGCUGACACGAUUAAAUCGUGUUUCCUGUACUGCGCACUGUUUCCGGAGGACUACUCCAUUAGCAAAGAACAACUUACAGAUUACUGGAUAGGCGAAGGAUUCUUAGAUGGGUGGGAUGAUGAUAUUGAUGAAGCCCAUAACAAGGGACAUGAUAUCAUUGGAAGAUUAAAGGCUGCAUGCUUGUUGGAGAGUGGUUCUGAUGAAAAAACAGAGGUAAAGUUGCAUGACGUGAUUCGUGAUCUGGCCUUAUGGAUAGCUUCAGAGUGCGGGAAGAAGAAGAAUAGGUUUUUGGUGAGAGCAGGCGUGGGACUGACGCAUGCACCGGUGGUUGAGAGCUGGAAGGAGGCCGAGAGGAUAUCUCUAAUGAAUAAUAGAAUAAAAGAAGUAACAGAGACACCUCAAUGCCCCAACCUCUUAACCUUGAUGCUCCAAGGGAAUUGGAAUUUUACAAAGUUCCAUACUGAUUUUUUUCAGUUCAUGCCUCUUCUUAGGGUCUUGGAUCUGUCAAUGGCAUCGAUAGAAGAGGUUCCUGCAGCGAUCGGUAACUUGGCAGAACUACGGUAUCUCAAUCUAUCAGCGAUGCGGAUCAGAUCAUUGCCUGAAGAGAUAGGAAAUCUCGUAAAGCUGAAGCACUUGGACUUGGAUAAUACAGUUUUUUUGGUCAGAAUUCCUCAAGGGGCAAUCUCCAGGCUUUCUGAGUUAAGAGUGAUGAAGCUAUUUUAUAGUUAUUCAGAGUGGGAAGAAGGGAGUGAGGGAUUAAAUAUGAGUGAGUUGGAAGGCUUGGAACGUUUAAUCCAUCUUGGAAUCACCGUAUCAUCCAUGCAUGCUCUUGAAAGGUUGCUCUGCUCAAGCAAGCUGCGGAACGUGGCUCGGUAUCUAAUUCUGCACAUUUGUGAGGAUCUGACUAUCUCCAAUAAACUAUCAUCCCUUUUUACUGCAAUGAAAAGUCUUCAACGGCUUGCUUUUAACGGCUGCGAUGGGUUGGUGGAGGUGACAAUUAGUGCGGAUGCGAAGAAGGAUGACGAUUAUCCUGUUUCGAGCCUAGAAUGGCUCGAACUUUGUGAUCUCCCCCACUUAAAUUGCAUUCGGGUGGGCCGCGGAUGCUUCUGA